GUAAAAUCCGUCCUACAGUCCCAGCCGCUGAGCCGAUGCAACCUUGUUACACUCGAUCGUGAAUUAAUUAGCAACGGUGUAGCCCGAAAUACGACCACCCUAUAGGCAGUACACUUGAAGCAAAGAUAAAGACUAUAUAUUAAUCACCGGAUCUAGGUUUUUAAUUUUCAUGCGUUAUCCGAACCACACCUCUCUUAUCUCUCCCCUAAAUGCAGCAAAAGGUCUUUGCUAACGGCGAAAAAGCGUCCGAUUUUCUUGCGGAAUAUAUCGUGGAAAAGAUUAAUGCGUUCAACCCAACCCCAUCUCGACCAUUUGUCAUUGGUCUUCCAACCGGGUCCUCCCCUGAAAAGGUCUACCUGAACCUUGUGGGCUACUACAAGGCCGGCAAGAUUAGUUUCGAAAAUGUGGUAUCCUUCAAUAUGGAUGAAUACCUUGGCCUUCCACCAACGGACCACCAGUCGUACCACUACUUCAUGCACCACCAUUUGUUCGACCACAUCAACAUGAAGCCAGAGAAUAUCAACAUUUUAGACGGUCUUGCCGCCGAUCCUGCGGCCGAGUGCGCGCGUUAUGAAGCGAAAAUCAAGUCUUACGGGGGCAUUCAGUUGUUUUUAGGAGGAUUGGGCCCAGAGGGGCACAUUGCCUUUAAUGAAGCCGGUUCUUCUAGAGAUUCGCUUACCAGGAAGGUAACCCUUGCCCCAAGCACCUUGGAGGCCAACAGUAGAUUUUUCGACAACGACCCGAACAAGGUGCCAAAGUUUGCGUUAUCGGUGGGGAUCUCUACGGUUUUGGAUAACUCCGAGGAGGUGGUUAUUAUUGUGAUCGGGAAACCAAAGCAGUUUGCUUUACAAAAAACGACAAGUGGGCCAGUUGGGAGCAAGUUUCCAUGUACUUUCUUGCAAACCCACCCAAAUGUUCUCAUCGUUGCAGACAGUUCUGCUGCGAACAAGAUCAAAUCAUUUUUGUAGUUUUAUAUAUUAAUAAAGCUAGUGUGAAUUAUUUCAAGGUCAGGUAUC